AUGUCGUGGAAGAGGAACUACUUCGCGUCGGGUAGCGGAGGGGGCGUGAGUGGUGCUUCGCCCGUGGGAGGAGGCGGAGGGAUACACGGACUGGUGACUCCCCGAAAUAUGAACUCGAUCGCGCCGAGCAAAGGACUGAGCAACGAGCCGGGACAAAACAGCUGCUUCCUGAACAGCGCCUUACAAGUUCUGUGGCACCUGGACAUCUUCAGGAGGAGCUUUCGACAGCUGACCACUCACAAGUGCAUGGAGGACUCGUGUAUCUUCUGCGCCCUCAAGAGUAUAUUUGCCCAGUUCCAGUUCAGCAGUGAGCGGGUGCUGCCCUCUGACCUCCUGCGCUCGGCUUUGGCCAAAACCUUCAAAGACGAGCAGCGCUUUCAGCUCGGGAUCAUGGACGACGCCGCAGAGUGCUUCGAGAACCUGCUGAUGCGUCUUCACUUCCACAUCAGCGCAGAGAGCAGAGAGGACAUCUGCACCGCCAAACACUGCAUCCCACACCAGAAGUUCGCCAUGAUGCUUUUUGAACAGUGCGUGUGUACCAGCUGUGGAGCCACGUCCGACCCCCUGCCCUUCAUUCAGAUGGUCCACUACAUCUCCACCACGUCUCUAUGUAGUAACCAGGCGGUGAGGAUGCUGGAGUGCCGAGACAAACCCACUCCGGACAUGUUUGGAGAACUGCUCCGAAACGCCAGCAACAUGGGAGACCUCAGGAACUGCCCCAGUAACUGUGGAGAGGUGCUGCGGAUCAGGCGGGUCCUCAUGAAUUCUCCGGAGAUCGUGUCCAUCGGUUUGGUUUGGGAUUCGGACCACUCGGAUCUGGCGGAGGACGUCAUUCACAGUCUGGGAACCUGCUUACGUCUGGGAGAUCUCUUCUACCGCGUGACCGAGGAGCGAGCGCGCCAGGCAGAGCUCUACUUGGUGGGCAUGGUGUGUUACUACGGCAAACACUAUUCCACCUUCUUCUUCCAAACCAAGAUCCGAAAGUGGAUGUAUUUUGACGACGCGCACGUCAAAGAGAUCGGGCCCAAGUGGAAGGACGUCGUGUCUCGCUGCAUAAAGGGCCACUACCAGCCUCUGCUGCUGCUCUACGCUGACCCCCGCGGGACGCCGGUGGUACUGCAGGACAGCCCCAGCCCCUGCUUCAGCCCGAACCCGCAUCUGGAGCUCCACGUCAGCACCAAGGCCGGAUACGACAGUGAAGACUCAGGUCGUGAGCCCUCCAUCUCCUCGGACACUCGCACAGACUCGUCCACAGACAGCAGCAGUCACAGGACGUCUCGCACCCGCCCUCUGCACCUGUCGCCCGGGUCGCACCUGUCCACCGACUCUCAGGCCACUGUGGUGUGCAACUACCAGGCUGGGACGACCACGCAGGGCCCGGACAUUGGAGGCUCAGCGGUGGAGGGUCCGGGGCGGCCUCCCUCUCCUCCUCUGGGCGAGUACAAAGAGACAGCGCCUCUCUCCUCCUCUUCCUCGUCCGGAGUCGGGGGCUGCGAGGGAGGGGCUGGGGGGCCGCACUGGGAGGAUGACAGCACCAGCAGUGAGAGCAAGUCCAGUUCUUCUGGAAGUCGUUACCGGCCGACCUGGAGGCCCCGGAGAGAGGCCCUGAACAUCGACAGCAUCUUCACCCGGCAGAAGGGCUCGUGCGUGGGCUACAGCGCUCCGCCAGUGCCCCCUCUACCUCCAGAGCUCCAGGACUCUUUCGUUCCCGUGCCCGGCCCUGCUCCCCCUCCUCCUCUGCAGCAGGGGGCGGCAGAGGCAGAGGGCAGGGAGGAGGCCAUGGGACCCCCGGCCGCUCCGCCCCUGCCCCGAGGAGCGGACCACCAGCCCCGCCUCAUACAGAGGAUGGAGAGCGGCUACGAGAGCAGUGAGAGGAACAGCACCAGCCCCGACCGGGAGGUGGGUCAGCAGAAGCGCGCUCUCAUGUCUGGACCUUCGUGGAGAUCGGUGCCAAAGUCCAAAAGCAGCGGCGCCAUUUUACAAGAGUCGCCUCGAGACGGCAGCGCACUGCCCCACACAGGCCCAGGGCGCAGUGAGCUGGAUGAACUGCAGGAGGAGGUCGUGAGGCGGGCGCGGCAGCAGGAGCAGCAGAGACGCAGAGAAGCAGAGAGAGAAGCCGCUCGGGGAUUCAACCCCAAACCCAGCAAGUACCUGGACCUGGACCAGCUACAGCACCAGGCCGUGCUCAGACCCCUGCAUGAGGCAAAUGCUCAUAGCGGAUUGGCUGUAGCUGCGUGCAUGAGGAGCACUGGCGGCCCAAUCAAACGCAGGCAGGAUCAGGAGGCGGGACGAGAGGCAGGAAGCGCCCGCCCACACUGUCCUCGCAGUGAACAGCCUGGCCCGGUCCAAGUACUGCUGACGCCCAAUCAGGACGAAGAAGAGGCCCAGGGAUCGGCGAAUCAGGACGCGGCGUUCGUCUCGGACCCGCCCCCCCCUCUGCCGCCGCCCUACCGCCCCCCUUUUUACGCCAGCCACCCCUGCUCCCCUCAGGCCGGCUGCGUUGGCGCGGUUUUGGGGGAGGAACGCGGCGAUCCAGGGACAGGGGUGAGGUUGUGCGAGCUGCUCCAGGCGGGAGGGGUCAGCGUGAGACCUUUGGGGAAGCAUCUGGCCAUCUCUCUGCCCUCUCUCCCCCUUCGCCUUUGGGAUACGACUCCGACGACUCCACAGAACCCACAGCCGGCCCGUCCCCCCGCUCCCCCGCCCCCCGUAGAAACGCCCAGACCGCAGUCCAAUCCGAUAUGGCAGCCGCCGCGCCCGCACUCCCCCACGCGGCACUGGUCGUCGUGGAGUUUGGACCGCCCGGACGCCGUGGUGUCGCCCUACGACACGCCCCCCGACCGGUGUCACCCCAUCCGCCCCGCGCAGCCGCCCGCCUACAGCUGUCAGUCCUCCCCCGCGCACUACAGCUCCCAGCAUGCACCUGGGCAGGCACACGGCGAGGAGGCGGAGCUGACGGAGCUGGACUCGCUGUACCAGGCCAGUCUGCAGGCCGGGAGGACAGUGUGCAGCCCAUCGGAGAGGCUGAUUUCUCGAGUGGGGGGGCCGGCCCGUUCAAAGACCCCAAACGCAGACAUGGAGAGGAGCGUGUACGGGGACUGCACUGGCACCCCCACCUACCUCAACAAGCCAAUGGUGUUUCGAGAUCGGGCGAUGGGGGCGGGGCCUGAGGACAGCGAGAGCCUGCGGAGAAUCGGACGCAGCCUGAGCGGGACAGUGGUCUCCUCCCGACGUCACAGACUCACCGCCACGCGCAGCUUUGAGCUGUCCGGCGGUACAGGGAGUUUCUGGCUUUGUCUCACGGGGGUCAAACUGUCCUCAGACCAGAGUCCUGCCCUGUUCCACUGAUGUCCUCCAGAUGCCCCGCAGAUUCUCGCCCUUCCUCCCCGC